CUGAGGUGUUCGACAAGCAGCGGUGGAGGGGUCUCUCUCUUCGAACGACGGCCCAAGCGACAGGUGGUGGUUGAAAUCGAAACGCCGCCCUUGUUGCCUCAUUCGUCGGCGAAGUUGAGGCGAAUCACGACAGUGAUGGGUGAAAACAGCGGCGCGUGGUGGUGGAAGAACUCGAAAGUGUUCGGCGAGGUGGAAGAAAACGGUGACGACUGUAGCAGAUCGGGGUGGACGAGGCUAUUGUAUGGCGGCGAGACGUCACGGGGUUGGCUGGUGGUCGGCGGCGAGGUAGUCGGUGGUUGGAAGUGUCUCAACCGUGCGUGUGUGUGA